UGAAACAUAUUUGAGGCAUCUCAAUCCUUUGCAGUUGUUCUUCUUGAUGUACAGAUUGUCUUUUUGUCAUGACUCCAGUAGUCUUUUGAUCACCACCUUGACAUCUGGUGUGACAAGGUAUUCCAGACUGAUUUUGUACAUUUCUAGCCCCAGGUCAGAAAUCAACCAUUCUCCAGGGAUUCCUAGUUCUUUUUUCUGGGAAAUAGUUAUCUAGUUGCCAUAUCCGGGCUCUAAGAGUUUUCAUGAUUGCUGGUCGGUCAUUGUUUUUGACUGGCUUUUCCGGGGAUAGGGAUAGCAUUACACAUUUUUAAAACAUAUAAAAUGCCUUAUGAGUUAAUUCUGGCGUUCAGUAAAGUUCAGAACUAUAAGGGUUUUUAGUGUACCCUAUUUAGUCUUAUAUCUUCAUCUCCUUUUUCCUAUACUAUAAAUCGAUAACACCAGCAUAAUUUUUUCCUGCUUUAUUUCAUAGUAUAUACACGCAACCUCAAAUUAAUGUCAGUAGUACCUCCAAACAGUUUGAGAGAUUUUACAGUUCUUGUUGUUUCUUUGGUAGAUUCCAUUAGGAAUGUACUGUCAAAUCAGUGUGUUUUAAAGUCACUUGAGGGGCACCUGGGUGCCUCAGUAGGUUAAGCGUCCAACUCUUGAUUUCAGCUCAGGUCGCGAUCUCACAGUUUUUGGGUUUGAGCCCCGCGUCGGGCUCCUUGCUGACAAGUGCAGAGCCUGCCUGAGAUUCUCUCUUUCCCUCUUUCUCUCUGCCUCCACCCACUCUUUCUCUCUCAAAAAUAUAUAAACUUAAAAAAAAAAAAUUUUUUUUUUAAAUCACUUGAAAUAAUUCCUCUCUACUUGGUUUUGCUAUCAACUUAAAACAUCCUUAAGUCAUGUAACAUUUUGGUUUUUAUUUUAGGUAUGGCUUUUUGAAACUUCAAUUUUUGCUCUGUGAUUAUAAUCUAAAACAUUUACAAGGCUCCUAAGACAAAUCUAUAAAGCAAGGUGUAUUAGACAUUAUAUUUUAGUUUGCUGUCUUUCCUGACCUAUAGAUAGCUUUGAAAACAGUUUGUGUUUUAUCUUUACACUUAAAAAUAACAGAUAGAGGUAAACGUUAGCACUCCAUACCCUUUGUCGUCCACAUUUGCUUCUUUUUAAAGGCGGUCCUGGUGGUCACUGUAUGACAGUUUACAGAGAUGCUUGCCUCACUUUUUAUAGCAAUACACCACUCCUUUGUGUUUAUUGGCUGGCUCCCUGUUGUCAGACAUUUAGGGUUUUUCGUUAGUCUUUUACCGUUACAGAUAGCGCCACAGUGAAGAGCCUGUAUGCACGCCUUUUGUGUUUUUGCCAGAGUAUCUUUGCGACAGACCCCUAGAAGUGAAACUGCUAGAAACGCCCUCCCUGUCAUGCCCCCAGUAACGACCGAUUCAUUUUGCAUUCUUGCCAGCAAUGGUCAGAAGUACCGUUCAGUCUUUUGAAGUGUCAAAACCAGAUUCCGACCAGACGACUGCCAUUCGUUCCAUGGAUUCCUAGAGCUGAGAGACCUCAGAAUGGGAAGCAUCCACCAUUCUAGAGCUCUGCUACCUGAAAUAGGACGUAAUCUAGUGGUUCCUUGCUUGCCUUCGAGGAACAUCUUGAAGACAGUUGCAUUGGGUCAGAUGUUGUCCUUGUGUAUAUGCGGGACGGCCAUUACCAGCCAGUACCUGGCAGAAAGAUACAGAGUGAACACGCCCAUGCUUCAGAGCUUUAUCAACUAUUGCCUGCUGCUUCUGUUUUAUACGGUGAUGCUGGCAUUCCAGUCAGGUAGUGAUAACCUUCUGCACAUCUUGAAGAGAAAAUGGUGGAAGUACAUCCUGCUUGGACUAGCGGAUGUGGAAGCCAAUUACCUGAUUGUCAGAGCAUACCAGUAUACGACUCUAACCAGUGUCCAGCUUUUGGACUGCUUUGGGAUUCCUGUGUUGAUGGCGCUCUCGUGGUUUGUUCUCUAUGCAAGAUACAGAGUGAUCCACUUGAUUGCUGUAGCUGUCUGUCUGCUGGGCGUGGGGACGAUGGUCGGUGCCGACAUACUCGCAGGGAGAGAAGACAAUUCAGGUAGUGACGUGCUGAUUGGUGACAUCUUGGUCCUUCUUGGAGCUUCUCUCUAUGCUGUUUCUAACGUGUGUGAAGAGUAUAUCGUGAAGAAGCUGAGCAGGCAGGAGUUUUUAGGAAUGGUGGGCCUAUUCGGAACCAUUAUCAGCGGCAUACAGCUAUCGAUCGUUGAAUGUAAGGAUAUUGCCAGCAUUCAGUGGGACUGGAAAAUCGCCCUGCUGUUUGUGGCGUUUGCCCUCUGUAUGUUUUGCCUGUACAGCUUUAUGCCGCUGGUGAUUCAGGUCACUAGUGCCACUUCUGUGAACUUGGGCAUCCUGACAGCCGACCUCUACAGUCUUUUCUUUGGACUCUUUCUGUUUGGCUAUAAGCUGUGUGUUGAGGACCGUGCUGAGUAUUGGAUCCCAGAACUAAAGCCAGGUUCUGCUGUUCAGCUUGACAUCAACACUGACUUUGCAUCAUUGUCAUUGACUUUGAAGGCUUCCGCACUUUGCGGAGGGCUGUGGCUGUUCCAUUCCUUAAAGAGUUCUAAAGGCUCAAGGGGAAGAAGUAAUCGAGAGCCUUUAAAAAAUUAACGUGUGGAAACCAGUGGUGACUGGCAGAAGCCCACUGCUGGAGUUUUCGGGGCUCUACCUCCUGUCCUUCACCGUCAUCAUGGUGGGGUUCGUCCUCUACUGCUCCACCCCCACGCGCACAGCCGAGCCAGCAGAGAGCAGCGUGCCGCCCGUCACCAGCAUCGGAAUCGACAACCUAGG